GUGAUGGGUGUGACUAUGGGACACUGUGUGGGCACAAGGCCUCCUUCAUGCCUCCUCCUGCUGCUGCUGAAGCUGCUGGCCACUGUCUCCCAGGGACUGCCAGGAACAGGGCCCCUGGGCUUCCACUUCACACAUUCCAUGUACAAUGCUACAGUGUAUGAAAACUCAGCAGCGAGGACCUAUGUCAACAGCCAAAGCAGAAUGGGCAUCACCUUAAUAGACCUAUCCUGGGACAUCAAGUACAGAAUAGUGUCUGGUGACGAGGAAGGUUUCUUCAAAGCUGAGGAGGUCAUCAUUGCAGAUUUCUGCUUUCUCAGGAUAAGAACUAAAGGUGGCAAUUCUGCCAUAUUAAACAGGGAAAUCCAAGACAAUUAUUUAUUAAUCAUAAAAGGUUCAGUCCGAGGAGAAGAUUUGGAAGCAUGGACCAAAGUGAACAUCCAGGUUUUAGACAUGAACGACCUGAGGCCUCUGUUCUCACCUACCACUUACUCAGUCACCAUUGCAGAAAGCACACCACUUAGGACUAGCGUUGCCCAGGUAACGGCUACAGAUGCAGACAUUGGUUCCAAUGGAGAAUUCUACUACUUCUUUAAGAACAAGGUUGAGCUUUUUUCCGUCCACCCCACAAGUGGUGUCAUCUCUCUAAGUGGACGCUUAAAUUAUGAUGAGAAGAACAGGUAUGAUCUAGAAAUCUUAGCAGUGGACCGGGGAAUGAAACUCUAUGGCAAUAACGGAGUUAGCAGUACUGCUAAGCUUUAUGUUCACAUUGAACGCGUAAAUGAACAUGCUCCCAUUAUCCAUGUGGUCACUCACACCCCUUUCUCAUUGGACAAGGAGCCAACAUACGCAGUAGUGACAGUUGACGACUUGGAUGAGGGGGCCAAUGGAGAGAUUGAGUCUGUUUCCAUCGUGGCUGGAGAUCCUUUGGAUCAGUUCUUCCUGGCUAAAGAAGGCAAGUGGAUGAAUGAGUAUAAAGUCAAGGAGAGGAGGCAGGUGAACUGGGAGAGCUUCUCCUAUGGCUACAACCUCACUAUUCAAGCAAAAGACAAAGGGUCACCGCAGAAGUUUUCAGAACUAAAGACGGUCCACAUUGCCAAUCCCAAGAGAGACAACAUCCCACUUAGGUUUGAAAAAGAUGUGUAUGAAGUCAGCGUAAGUGAGUUUUCCCCUCCUGGUGUCCUGGUGGCCAUAGUCAAGGUAAAUCCUGAGCCUCUGGAUGUGGAAUACAAACUCUCUCCUGGAAAAGAUGCCGAGUACUUCAAGAUCAACCCUCGGUCAGGUCUGAUUGUCACAGCGCAGCCCCUGAAUAUGGUGAAGAAAGACGUGUAUAAGCUGGAGGUGACAGACAAGGAAGGAGAGGUGAAGGCACAAGUCACCAUAGGGAUUGAGGAUGCCAAUGACCACACCCCAGAAUUCCAGCAGACCCUGUAUGAGACGUUUGUGAAUGAGAGUAUCCCUGUCGGAACAAAUGUUCUGACCGUGUCGGCCUCUGACAAGGAUAAAGGAGAAAAUGGCUACAUCACGUACAGCAUUGCCAGUCUGAACCCUUUGCCAUUUGCCAUUAACCAGUUCACAGGUGUGAUCAGCACCACUGAAGAGUUAGAUUUCGAAUCCUCCCCAGAGACAUACAGGUUUGUUGUAAGAGCUUCUGACUGGGGCUCACCGUACCGCCAUGAAAGUGAGGUGAACGUGACCAUUCGCGUGGGAAAUGUCAAUGACAACAUCCCCCUCUUCGAGAAAGUGGCUUGCCAGGGAGUCAUUUCAUACGACUUUCCUGUUGGAGGUCAUAUUACAGCCGUCUCUGCGAUUGAUAUUGAUGAACUCGAACUUGUAAAGUACAAAAUCAUUUCAGGAAAUGAACUUGGGUUCUUCUAUUUGAACCCAGACUCUGGUGUUUUACAGCUUAAAAAGCCACUGAUGAAUUCUGGCAUUAAAAAUGGUAAUUUUGCCCUCAGAAUCACAGCUACAGAUGGGGAGAAUUUUGCAGAUCCCAUGACCAUUAACAUCUCAGUCCUCCACGGGAAAGUGUCUUCAAAGAGCUUCAGCUGCAGAGAAACCCGAGUGGCUCAGAAAUUGGCAGAGAAACUACUCAUUAAAGCUAAAGCUAACGGGAAGCUGAAUGUAGAAGAUGGAUUUCUUGACUUUUAUUCAAUUAACAGGCAAGGACCACAUUUUGACAAGUCUUUCCCCUCUGAUGUGGCUGUGAAGGAGGAUAUGCCAGUUGGGACUAACAUCCUGAAGAUUAAAGCGUACGAUGCCGACUCUGGCUUCAAUGGGAAGGUGCUGUUUACAAUAUCAGAUGGGAACACGGACAGUUGCUUUAAUAUUGACAUGGAGACUGGACAGCUUAAAGUUCUCAUGCCCAUGGACCGAGAGCACACAGACCUCUAUCUCCUCAACAUAACCAUCUAUGACCUCGGAAAGCCACAGAAAUCCUCAUGGCGAUUACUGACAGUCAAUGUGGAGGACGCUAAUGACAACAGCCCAGUGUUUCUCCAGGACAGCUACUCAGUCAGCAUUCUUGAAAGUUCAAGUAUUGGCACCGAGAUUAUUCAAGUGGAAGCAAGAGACAAAGACCUGGGUUCUAAUGGUGAGGUAAUGUACUCGGUUUUGACAGACACACGGCAGUUUACCAUCAACAGCUCAACUGGAAUCGUUUAUGUAGCUGACCAGUUGGACAGGGAAUCCAAAACCAACUAUUCUUUGAAAAUAGAAGCCAGGGACAAAGCAGAAAGUGGCCAGCAACUGUUUUCUGUUGUCACCCUAAAGAUCUUUCUGGAUGAUGUCAAUGACUGCUCCCCAGCUUUCAUCCCCACUAGCUACAGUGUGAAGGUUCUGGAAGAUCUCCCUGUUGGUACAGUCAUUGCUUGGCUUGAGACUCAGGAUCCUGACCUUGGAUUAGGGGGUCAAGUGCGCUAUUCUUUGGUCAAUGAUUAUAAUGGGAGAUUUGAAAUAGACAAAGCCAGUGGUGCCAUCCGCUUGAGCAAAGAGCUGGACUAUGAGAAGCAGCAAUUCUACAACCUCACAGUCAGGGCCAAAGACAAAGGGCGGCCUGUCUCUCUGUCAUCGGUUUCCUUCGUGGAGGUGGAGGUGGUGGAUGUCAACGAAAACCUCCAUAUGCCCUACUUCCCGGACUUUGCUGUCGUUGGAUCUGUCAAAGAAAAUUCACGGAUUGGAACUAGUGUGCUGCAGGUGACUGCCCAUGAUGAAGAUUCUGGCAGGGAUGGAGAGAUCCAGUACUCCAUCAGAGAUGGAAGUGGUCUUGGGAGGUUCAGCAUAGAUGAUGAGAGUGGAGUCAUCACGGCUGCUGACAUUCUUGAUCGAGAGACAACAGGGUCGUACUGGCUGACCGUGUAUGCCACAGACAGGGGCGUGGUCCCUCUCUAUUCCACCAUUGAGGUCUACAUAGAAGUUGAAGAUGUGAAUGACAAUGCCCCACUGACCUCGGAACCCAUCUAUUAUCCCGUUGUCAUGGAGAACUCUCCCAAGGAUGUGUCUGUCAUUCAGAUACAAGCUGAAGAUCCUGACUCUGGUUCCAAUGAAAAACUGACCUAUAGGAUUACAAGUGGAAACCCACAGAACUUUUUUGCCAUCAAUAUCAAAACAGAUCUGAGCAAAGACAUCGAGCCCUCAGGGAGAACGUAA